UUCGAAUCGCUGGCGCUUGAGCACCUCGACGCCCUGCACCGCAUGGCGAUGCAGCUCACGCGCCGUCCCGAAGAAGCCGCGGACCUCGUGCAGGAGACCUACCUCCGCGCUCUGAGGGCGUCGGCACGUUUCGAGGAGCGCGGCGGCGGGAUCCGAGCCUGGCUCUUCACGAUCCUGCACAACACGUUCUACUCGCAGGUCAAGCGGGCGAAGCGGGGCCCGAUCGCCGUUGAUGAGUUCUUCGACGCCGAGUCUUCAGAGACCACGCCGGGCGAGGCCCCGGCGGCCUGGAACCUGGGUUCCCUGGACUGGGAGCACGUCGACGACCGCCUCAAGUCGGCGAUCGAAGACCUGAAGGACGAGCACCGCGAGACGCUCCUGCUCUGGGGCGUGGAGGGGCUCAAGUACCGCGAGAUCGCCGACAUCACCGGGGUGCCGAUCGGCACGGUGAUGAGCCGGCUGCACAGGGCCGGGCAGAACGAGCGACGCAUGAACGACGACCGCCCCAACCCGAACCCCGGCGCGAACGACCGCGCCAUCGACUGGUCCCGCGAGCCGGUCGUCGCGCGCCUCCGCGCGCUCGCCGACGACGAGCUCCCCCCCGACCACGCCUCCGACCUGCGCAACGAGGUCGACGCCGAGACCAUCGCCCGCGCCGACUCGUUCGAACGCGCGCUGCGCCGCGGCUGCGCCGCGUGCAUGGGCGACGCCGCCGCCCCGGCCGGCCUUCGCGAGCGCGUCCUCGGCGCCAUGCGCGCCGACGGCUCCGACGCGGCGGCGGCGAGCGAGGCGGGCGAAGCGACGCCCGCGGUCAUCAGCCGCACCGACCGCUCCUUCUGGACGCAGGGCCGCGCCCUGCUGGGCGUCGCGGCCGCGAUCGCGAUCGCCGCGGUCGUGUGGGUGCUCGCCCCCGGCGGCGCCGACUCCGACGACCCCGCAGCCCUUUUCGCGACCGCGGCCCGCCACAUCAGCGGCGAGCACACCGGCUGCCUCCUCGACGAGGACUACCUCGACCGCAAGAUGAGCCUCACGGGCUCCGAGCCCUCGGAUCAGACCGGCGCCGCCCUCAUCGGCGAGCAGAUCGGGGACCUCCCCGUCAGGCUGGAGCUCGGGCAGGCCGGCUAUGUCCUCAAGGGCGUCGGCGGCUGCCAGAUCCCCGGCGGCAAGUCGGUCCACCUGCUCUACGAGCCGGAGAACCCCGCGGGCUCCCGCCCGGUGUCGCUCUUUAUCCAGGAAGCCACGACGGCGCAGGACUGGAUGGACGAGGGUUCGCUGUACGUCAGCGAGCUCGACACGCCCCCGUACGUGCGGAUGUGGCGCGAGAGCGGCAUCGUCUACUACAUGGUCACCGACUGCCCCGUGAGCUGCGAGAAGGUCGAGAACGCCUACGCCCUGUCCGGGCAACGCAUCCCACUCUGA